UGCAGUGCGACAUUGACCCGCACUGACCGCAUCACAUCUGCAUCACAUCUGCAUCACAUCCCGCGUCAGUCACAGCUCACAUACAUGUGUGUGCGCAGACAUGCGGACAGAGAGCCGGAUAUUUCACACAGGAUGACAGUGGACUGAACCAUCUCUGAACUUCCUAAGUUUACCCCUGUGGAUGAGACCUUAGACUCAGAGAUGACUGUGAUGAGGAAGAGGUUCUCCUCUGUCUGCUCCUCUUCCUCGGCUGAAGAGGACAGUGCAAAUCUCUAUGACAGUGCUUCCAUUUCUGCCACUGAUCCACUCAGUGAGCAAGAACAUCCCUAUGCAUCCCUGCUCUGUUACCAUCGUGUCCAAGACUCUUUGCUGAGCUCCAACAGCAGCUUCACAGGCUACAGAGGCAUCCUCAACUGGAUCAUCAUUCUCCUGGUCCUGACUCACGCUCACUUGUUCUUGGAGAAUUUCAUACAACAUGGCUUUUUGAUAGAUGUCAAAAAGGUCUUGGAACAUCUCAUUGAGGACGACUGCAACUGGCCAUCUGUCAACCUCAUACUUGCUGCCAACAUGUUCGCUCUGACAGCUUUGCUCCUGGAGAAGUCUCAGGAAAAGGGUAUGUUGUCCCCCACCAGUUGUCAUCAUUUACACCUCGGAAAUUUGGGGUUGCUCUUGCUAUUUCCUGCUGCAGUCAUUGUACAUGAGCCUACAAUAUCAACAGGUGGUGCGUUCUUCUCUCUCUGGUUCUACACUUUUCUGGGAAUGAAACUUUAUUCAUACCAGGAAACUAAUCGCUGGUACCGACAGGCUCACUUAACUGAUGCAGAGAAAGACAAGAAGGUAUCUGUCACACAAAAAGCCCACAAUGAGCAUCUUUCUUUCCAAGAUCUGUAUUAUUUCCUCCUUGCCCCCACUCUGUGCUACCAGAGAGACUUCCCCAGUACUCCUAAGGUUCGCAUCAAUAAGCUCCUGCACAGGUUGCUGGAAAUGGUGAUCGUUAUCCAGAUUAUGGUUGGAAUUGUGCAGCAGUGGAUUGAGCCAAUCUUCCAGAGGUCAGAAAACUCCUUCUCUAGUAUGGACAUCACUACGAGAGUGGAGCACCUGGUGGGACUGGUGGCACCAACUCAUUUCCUCUGGCUACUCUUCUUCUUCUUGAGUCACUCCUUCCUGAACAUCUGUGCAGAGCUGCUGCGCUUUGGUGAUCGGCAUUUUUACGGAGACUGGUGGAACGCAACAACACUGGUCAUUUUCUGGAAGAACUGGAAUAUUCCCUUUCAGAAGUGGUGUCACAGACACGUAUACACACGGUUGGUGGAAAAGAACAUAUCCCCGUCACGAGCAGAGUUACUGGUCUUCCUGAUGUCUGCAGCUCUUUGUGAGUAUAUGAUUGCACUGCCUCUGCAUAGCUGUCGUCUGUGGAUCUUUCUCAUGAUGGUAUUCGAGCUACUGGUGGCAGUUUUCCUCGGAGGCUAUUUCCAGGGAAACUAUGGUAAUGGCUUAGUGUGGCUAUGCCUUCUGCUGGGCCCUCCUCUGGCUGUGACCACCUACUUCCACGAUCACUACAUCAGCUGUCAUCACCACCAUUAUCAUCAUCCUCAGACUUCCUCCUCACCACUGACAUCAGACCACCGUCUUCCCGGCAAAGUCUUCCUGCAGCCUCACUGAUCUUGAAGAACUGUUGUACUGUAUUUAUCAGUGGAGCGAAAGGAUAUGACUGUGAUCUAAGGCUCUAGUUGUGCUACUAAUGCCGUGAGAUAGUGGCUUCCUAUGAUACUUCCACGUCUGACAAAUGUUUAUGCAAUAAACAACUGAUGUAGUCUAAAUAUGCCAGAUGUUUGCUGAAUGUGACUGAAAAAUGAAUUACAAAAUGGGUUUGUUAGUCAGUAAAUGUGUCUGUGAUCAUUCCUGUUUAUAAUGAAGUGAAACAGAAGAUGGAUAAGGUUGCAGCUUACAUACUGCUGUGUCAGCAUGUGGUUAAAGAGCCAUAGUUCAUCUGAGUUUACUGUAAGUAAACAGUCCAACCAAGAAAUACAGGGAAUGAUUGUACCUUGUGGAUUCAAUGAGUCCAAGUCUGGAAUGAUUUAAAUCCACAAUGUCAUUUUUUCAUUUUAUGCUAUUUUAUGUUAUUGCAUAAUCAUGUAGAGCUAUACCACUGAAAUUUGUGCACUUUGUUAAACAGGAUUAUUA